ACCACCACCAUCCCUAGCAAUACCGGGACCAGUACGGACUGGCACUUACUCGCAUUCCACCACCAGUCUAAAGGUCGAUACUCUUGUUGCUCAUCUGGCACAGGUCCUUCCACUUCUCCCACGCUCGCGCCCAGAUAAGCGCGGACCACAGGAUCACAAGUCUUCUUCCCAAACCGCCAUCAUCCCCCCGUCGAACGCCCAGAACAAUCACCCAGCCAUCCCCAUCAUGUCCGCUUCCGCUCGCCUCAACUUCGAAAUCAUGAAGGCACGCUACGAUGAGACCCUGGACAUCAGCCACGACGACCUGCUGGCGUCCAUCGACACCAGCUACAUCCACCCCGGCCUCGCGUACGACGUCGACAACGUCCACUACCAGAUCUACAAGCAGCGCCUGCAGGAGGAGCAGCUCGCGCGCGAGCUCGAGGCCGCCUGCGCCAUUGGCGUCAAGGACGCCACACAGCAGCUGCACGACGGUCCGAGCAACCACAACAACACCACUGGCGGCCGCAGCCGCGCGGCCCCCCGCCGCGUUCCGGCGCGCAAAGUUCACAAGCACACAAACGCCCUCGAUAGCUCAUCGGACGAGUCCGAUUCCGAGGGCUCGACGUUCUCCCCCGUCGGAUCUCCCUGCACCUCUCGCGGAAGCACGCCCGAGAGAGAGGAUCCUUAUGAGGAUCCCUUGUCUCCGGAAGCCCAGCGAAUGUUCCUCCUCAUCGCUACCUCUGGCAUUCUCCACCUUGAUGACCAGUGGGGCGGAUCCACGCACAAGGAGGUCGACUACAAUCCAUUCUUGCGAGACGCAGAAUGGUACACGAACCAGGAGCGUGAAGACGACGAAUUCUUCACCAUCUACGGCGACAAUGGCUACGAAGAGAGGAUCAAUCUCAGCGCCGAAGAGCGUCGCAGGGAGCGUCGAGCCUCGCAGACCGCUCGUCAUGAGCGCGUCGCGAAGCGUAAGGCCGGCGCUCCUUACGCCCGGCCUACCAACCGCCAGUCCGCUCGCCAACGCUGCAGCGUUUAGGCAUUAAACAGCUUGUCGACCCGCCCCUGCCUCCAUACAUCCGAUUUCCCUUCUUCCAUUCCAUCGUCUUCCAAGUCUCCAUCACUUUCCCCAGUCCAAUGUCCCCGCUGUGGCUACAGUACUCUCGGGCCUGUACAACUAAUGUCUGCCAUCAUCUCUCGCAUUCCCCUUCUCGUCGCAUACUCACAAAUACCGCAUAUACUCAUCUGGAAUCGUGUUGUUGUCUCUCAGUCUCAUUGCUUUCACCUACUGUAUUUCUAUUUACUGGCUCCUUUGAAAGAUAAUGCAAGUUCAUCGCCUGCCCAAGCUGCAUCAGCGCUGGGCAGGGCACCCCGAA